AUGGCCACACGGAACUAUCAAGAACGUGAUCGGCGACCAAGAGAAGAAACGGAAAACGAAGCAAGAGACGACAGAAGCGAAAAAGCAUUUCAUGAAACGAUGGAACGUCGAAGAAGAUAUGAACAACAAUUUGAUUACAGUGUGAAAAGUACAAGUAACGAUUACACGGAAAACUACAGUCGAAAUAAAUUCAAACGGCAACUUACAUCAAACUCCCACAUCGAGGAAUACGAUACCCAAGGUCCCGAUGACGACAAUCAAUUUACAUAUGUAUCAAAAGGAGUCAAGCGAAGACCAAUCAACCGAAAACCUAACGAUAACGAAACAAGCAGAAACGACGGUAGACAACAAACUUACCAAACAAACGCCGCUACAAACAUCGGCGGACGGACAUUCGUAAACUCCAACAAUAGAAUGAAUAAAAACAAAGCGAAUGACGUGACUGAAACGAACUACUACAUGAAUAAACAACACACAACGAAUUCUAAAUCGAACAGAGAGAACGAAAGAUCAAGCGAUGCAGAGAGCGGUAUCAAUGACUCACCAGCAAUCCAGUUGAUCGAACCCCGGAAAAGCCACCAAACUAAAAAUACAGAAAUAAAUGAGACUAACUUAAUCACCCAACACGCAUUACAAUAUGCGGUUGAACAUCACCUACCACCAAUCACGAUUGAGUGCAACCCCAAAAUCGACUCAUCUGAAAAAGCAAAAGCGGUGAUUAAAAAUCUAUGCGAACAUAUCGAAGAGAAGUUUCGACAAGUGAACAAAAACUGCAAGUUUCCUAUCGGAUUUGAUUACUGGUUUAUCAACAAAGAUGGAAACUUGACCUGUUACACAAAACAUAUCGAACUAUUCGUAUAUUUAUCUGACCGAAAUAAUUACCCAUCACAAACAAAUAACAUUGACAUCCUACCAGUUAAACCAAACCACCUUCCACCACAAAACUCAAUUGUUCUGAAAUUCAUUCCCAACUACAUCACGAACGACGAAAUACAAGAUACAUUGACCAAACACAUGGAAUCUAUCUAUAAAAUAGAGGAAAUGAAAGGUUCGAAAACAGGCAAGCACCGACAUGUAAGAAUCGAACUAAAAUCAAGCAAAGAAUAUGAACAAUUACUGAAAAAUGGGGGUAUUCCCAUCGAUGGACAAAUCAUUGAAGCUGAAGAAUUCCUAGCACCACCACGUCUUCUGAUCUGCAACAAAUGCAAUGACCCAGGACAUACACGUAAAAACUGUUAUGCCAAGUACGAUAUAUGCCGCCGAUGUGGAAAAGAUAGAACAACCGGCGAACACAAUAAAUGCACAAUUAAAUGCCACAGAUGUCAAGAAAACCACAUGUCUACGGACUACAACUGUCGUGUUAUGAUGGAAUUUAGACUGGCCUUAAUACGCAAACUAAGAGAAAGACCAAAUCUCUUACCCCCAAAUGUAAGAAUAUUCAUUCCAGUUGACUGUCGAGAGCAAGGAAACUUAAACAACAAAAUUUUGAUGAAUCCACAUAUGAAUGUAAUGCCAGACAAAAACGCAGGAAACAAACAAACUACUCAAAAUCGAUUUGACACAAACCAAUUAGCAUGGCCAGCACUACCACCUGCAUCAAACAGCCCAAACAACACCACAUUUACAAACCAAAACUAUUGGGAAGAACUAAAAAACAAAGAAGAGGAAUUAAACAAGACGAAGGAUGAAAUGAACAAAAAACUAUCUACAAUCGAAGCUAAAUACAACGAUCACUUAAAGAAAAUGAAUUCAGUACUAGUAUGUAUGGCGCAACAAACCAAGCACCAAAACGAGAGCGUUGAGCGAUGUUUCACCACUAUAAAUGAAAUCUUACCUAUACUUUCAACAACAUUAGAAAUCAUGCGACAAGUAACCACAAAAAUUCAAUCAACAAAUAACAGUAGCAGUGACAAUAACGACAUACGGGACAUUCUACAACACGUCUCAUUAUCAAUCGAUUGCAUCAAGGACAGAAACGAAUUACUUGUAAGCAAUCAAACCGCGUGCAAUAAACUAAUGGAACAACAAAGUCAAAUUAUGAACCAAGUAAUCACAAACCUGAUGAACAACGAUGGAUAA